AUGGAGCUGGACCAGGCUAUCUCGUUAUGGCGUGGUCGCCCUGCUGAUGCGGCGCUGCUCGGUGCAACGUCCUCUUUGUCAAAGGAAAGUGAUCGACUUGUUCUGCUUACAUCGACCGAGGAUGUGCGCGAGAUUAGCGCCUCCACGCGUAAAUGUAUCAAUCACUGGACAUUUCGCGCUGGUAGCGCCCACGCACUGUCUGUGGCCGCGACGCGUCACCCGCAAUUACGAGUAUUUUUUGGGGUGUGUGGUGCACCUGGUAUUAGUGCUAGUAAGAAGGCGCGUCAAGUCAGACGCCAGGAAACGAACAAGACAACGGCGUUACCUGUUAAUGAAGGUCUCGCGAUGUGGCAUGAAACGGAUCGGGACGUGACGAAAUGGCAACGUACGCCGUUGCAGUCCAAGUCAAAGGUAUUUUCACUUCUCGUGCAUUCGAAACUGAAGGAAGAUAUUGUCUUGGUAUUUCAAGAUGGUUCUUUUGUUACGUAUGACAAAGAUAUGAAGAAAGGAUUUCAUAGUGACGAUGUCAAAGAUGCCACUUCCGUCGAAGAGGAAGACAAGGAUGACGAUGAUGAGUUUGAAGAAACUGUUGUAUGGGCUGAUCUAGAAACAGGCAAUCUCAGUUCCGUCAAAGGUACAUUGUUCCUGUCUAUUCUAAUGCAAAAGGCAAAUGGUCAAAGCGACAAGCGUCUGGAGCUGUUGAUUUAUCAAAUUGUAAUUCCAUAUGAUUUUAAACGCCUGGGUGAGACUUUACGCGCUGUUCUCCUUGUACGUCAUCGUGUAAACUUGCCAGACAAUGAAGAGUUGUCGGCUUGCGCUUUCCACGCUGAAACCUUUUCGUACUCAAUGAUUGGUCGCUUUGGCUGUUGGCAAACAUUGCGUUUUGUUCGAGAUGCACUGACAGAGUCAUUAACACUCGUGGCUACACAGAAUAUGCCAGACUUAGUUUCAGCGACGCACGAAGCUUCCGUUCCCGUGCACAAGAAGCGUAAACUGCAGACCAUUAGCCCUUCCGUUUCUGGAUACUUUGUUAGUCGUGUCGGGAACUACACGUACCUUGUUAGCACGUCGCUUGAGAAUCCUCUCGAGUUUACAGGUUGGGACUCAAAAUUUGCCGUACCAGUAUCGAAAGUGGAGGUUAAUUUGGUAAAAGACAAUGAAAGAGAAAAUGAGGUGGUAGUUGGCCGGAGCUCUAAGGAUGGUAUUGGCAAGCUUGUCCAGCUCGUAAGCGUCGGUGCCGGUGAUGCCGUACUUGCUGUUUAUGAGCGUAGUGUCUUUUUGAUUCAUGUGCGAAAUAAACAUUCGACAUUAGCAAGUGUUAUUGGAGCAACGGCAUCAAAUGCUUCAGUUGGCUCGGAGAUAGCUUCAAUGCCUGAUACUAAUAUUCAAUGGGAAAAUGUGAAGGCAACGAAUAGUGUGAAUAAUGACACGCUAGAUGCUAAAACGUGGAAGAUGAAUUUCUGCAGUGAAGAUGAUAGGGAGAGUCAGCUUCUUGCAGAUCUGUCAGAUCCACAGGUCACACGUACAGCUGCAGACUUUACGCAUCGGUUGGAUGAGGCUUUAAACAAGGAAAAGAAGCGAAUGGGUGGCAAGGAGGGGGAAUACGUGUCGUACCGCUUGUUGCAGACCGUGACACGUCGGUGUUUGAAUUCGACAGAACUUGCCCUAUGGCAACCGCUCGAAACGAUGCUACGCACCAACCGAUUGUCAUCCCGUACAGAGCCGACACUUCUACCAACCUUGAUGAAACACAAUCAAUUUUCGCUGCUUGAGUGCGCUAUAGUGCAUCUCGUUGAUAUCGAUGAGCGCUCAAUUGUACGACUGAUCAAGUACAUUAUUCACAAGAGCAGCAACUCGACUUUUAUCAAUUAUGUCACUAAGAAGACUCAAACACAGAAUAAGUUAGCUGGCCGACUUGAUAGCAUUGCUGUUUGCGAGAGAUUUGUGAUUGCACUCUUGGGAUUGCCAACGAGUAGUGUGUUUCUUCAUCGUGCUAUUCGUGAACUGGAUGUAGAGGAAGUUCUACUGGUGCUAGCUAUCUGCAAGAAGUUGUUGCUGGCGCUAACUAUAGUUGACGAAGCUGAUAGCAAAGACAAGUUGACUGAAGCUUCAGAGAAGGUUGAAAGUAGCAAGAAUGAAAUCAUGGCGAUUCUUAAGGAAGAGCGGCGCUUUACACCGCUACCAUCCGCUUCAAAGUGCUGCGCUUGGAUUUGUGCGCUAUUAGACGCACACUUUUCGAAUCUAGUACAGCGUAGCUCUCAGAACGCUAGAGUUGCGCGUACAAUUCAUCAAUUAAACAAGCUAGUGCAGAUGCAACUAGAUGCUAGUGCACAGUACGAAUCAGUGUACGGCGUGCUAAGCAACUUUUUGUCGGGCGUGCGACUGCCACGAGCUCCAGGACUUCCUGACUAUGUCAUUGAGGAACUUUGUCUUUAA